UCUCGUUCAAAACAAGGAAUGUGUCUUCCUAAUAGCAUAGACGCACUCUCUUUUUAAGUGCGGAAGACUUUUGACAUCGAGGACUGAUGUUGUUGAGCACUGUGGAUAACUUGGAGGAUAAUUAUUGUUGUUUCUUUGUAUUUUCCACUGGAACAAACAUAUCUAUCCACAGUUUCCAUGUAAGGCUAAUAGUUAGCUAGGGAGCCUGGAUCUACUGGAUGGAUUGAUCAAGCUGGCUUGCUAAUGUACUAGCUGCCAGAGCUAGCUAACUACCUAGGUACGAGUGCCAACAGACUGUAAAUAGACCAGAAUACAUUCUUUAAAUGAAUUCAUUGCAGAGAAUUCGUUGGGAAUAAUAGCCAUAUUUAACCGGUCCUGCUACAAAGUGUUGAGUUGGUUAUUGAUCACCAUGUAUUUUUUAACUGGCUGGCCCCGGAGGCUCCUCUGCCCUCUGAAAAGUGAAGAGGAACCGUUUCACAUCCAGCCGAGCUCUCAACGCUUUUAUUUCGCAGUGCUGUCAGAAACUCAACUCAGCAUUUGGUUUAGUAGGCCCAGUGUUCUGAUAGUGAGUUACAUCGAGUCAGCAAAAGCAGCAGCCCAGUUUGGCUUUUAUCAGCAGACCGAAUGGAAGCCAGAUGACUCCAUGAUAGCUGUGGCAGCUGCUGAAGGAUACGUCCUUUUAUUUGAUAUCGUUGGAGGAGGAGAUGACAAAUAUCUGUAUGAGCCUGUUUAUCCUAAGGGUAGCCCACGGGUGAAGGUAACUCCUGGGUAUAAGGAGGAACAGUGUGCUCCUGCUCUUAGUCUGGAGAUGAAGAAACCAGUGGACCUGGAAGCUCCUAUAACCAGUCUGCAGUCUCUACAGGAGGAUUUGCUGGUGUGUACAGCUGAUGGCUUUCUGCACAUCCUGCACUGGGAUGGUGUCAGUAAUGGGCGUAAGGCGGUCAGUCUGUGCACAAUCCCCUUUUCUCUGGACCUGCAGUCCUCACGAGGUGGACCGUGCCUGGACCUUGACGGGGUCCACAUCAGGGAUAUAGAGUACUGUGUGACGCUGGAUGGUUUCGCUGUGGUCCUAGAUGACGGCCGUCUGGGUUUCAUCACACCCACCUCCAACAGACUCACAACAGACCAGUUGCAGGGUGUCUGGGCUGCCGAUGUGACUGACGGCACAUGUGUAGCAGUCAACAACAAAUACAGACUGAUGGCGUUUGGCUGCGCAAGUGGUUCUGUGUUGGUCUAUACGAUCGACAGCGGCACUGGGUCAAUGCAGCUCUCCCAUAAACUGGAGCUAACCCCCAAACACUACCCAGAUAUCUGGAAUAAGACGGGUCCAGUCAAACUCAUCCGAUGGUCUCCAGACUACAGUGUUGCCAUGGUGACAUGGGAGUGUGGCGGUCUCUCAAUGUGGAGUGUGUUUGGGGCACACCUGAUCUGUACACUUGGGGAAGAUUUUGCGUAUCGCUCAGAUGGUACAAAGAAAGAGCCUUUAAAGAUCAGCUCCAUGAGCUGGGGGGCAGAGGGGUACCACCUCUGGGUGAUUGGCGUCAGCGGCAGUGGCAGCGGUAGCAGUAGCAGUGAGGAGGGCAUGGAUGGGGCUCCCAGAUUACAGCAGUCUGGCAUCCUGCAGUUCCAGUUCAUCAAGAGUGCCCUCACUGUCAACCCCUGCACGAGUAAUCAGGAGCAGGUGCUGUUGCAUGGUGAGGACAGGCUGUAUCUGACCUGUGGUGACCCCACUCAGGUCCACAACGCUUCGGAUCAGCACCAGGCCCAGAACUCCAGCCCGCUUCACCGAGCCGGGCCCACCCCCUCCUCUCUCUCUCAGGGACUGAGCACUUUACUGGGACACAAGCACUGGCAUGUGGUCCAGAUUCAUAGCACAUAUCUUGAGAGUAACUGGCCUAUACGGUUCGCAGCCAUAGACUCGGCAGGCCAGUGCAUGGCGGUUGCAGGGAGACGCGGUUUUGCACACUAUUCUUUAUUCACUCGCAAAUGGAAGCUCUUUGGUAACAUAACCCAGGAGCAGAAUAUGACGGUGACUGGAGGUCUGGCUUGGUGGAAUGACUUUGUGGUUGUGGCCUGUUACAACUUCAUUGAUCGGCAGGAGGAGCUGAGGUUGUAUUUGCGGUCAUCUAACUUGGAUAACGCUUUUGCCAACAUCUCCAAACUGCACGAACACACUCUGCUGCUCAACGUGUUCAGGAACAUGAUCAUUCUGUUCCGAGCCGACUGCUCCAUCUGCCUAUACAGCAUAGAGAGAAGACAGGACAGUCCCAACCCCUCAGCGUGUGUGGAGCUGUUACAGGAGGUGUCCAUGUCAAGAUACAUCCCUCAUCCGAGCCUGGUGGUUUCUGUCACACUCACGUCAGUGCGCACCGAGACCGGCAUCACACUCAAAGCCCCGCAGCAGGCCUGUAUGGCUGAGAGUAUUAUGUUGAAUCUGGCAGGCCAGCUCAUCAUGCUCCAGAGAGAUCGGUCUGGCCCACAGGUACGAGAGAAAGACACGUCGCCCAGUCAGAAGAAGCUGCUGCCUUUCUGCCCCCCGGUGGUGUUGGCUCAGUGUGUGGAGAACGUGUGGACAACAUGCCGCAGUAAUCGGAAGAAGCGGCACCUGCUGGAGGCCCUGUGGCUGUCGUGCGGUGAGGCAGGAAUGAAAGUCUGGCUCCCCCUCUUCCCCAGGGAUCACCGUAAACCUCACUCCUUCCUGUCACGCCGAAUCAUGCUCCCCUUCCACAUCAACAUCUACCCCCUCGCCGUUCUGUUCGAAGACGCCCUUGUCCUGGGAGCCACCAACGAGACCAUGCUCUACGACACCCUCCAAGGCAACAGCUCAGGACCUCCGGAACCCCUGGAGGCCCUGUUCCCCUUCUGCACAGUGGAGCGGACGUCCCAAAUCUACCUCCACCACAUCCUCCGUCAGCUCCUGGUGAGGAACCUUGGAGAACAGGCUCUGAUGCUGGCCCAGUCCUGCGCCACUCUGCCUUAUUUCCCUCACGUCCUGGAACUCAUGGUCCACGUGGUUCUGGAAGAAGAAGCCACAUCACGUGAACCCAUCCCUGACCCGCUGCUCCCCACCGUGGCUAAGUUUAUCACCGAGUUCCCCCUCUUCCUCCAGACCAUCGUACACUGUGCGCGUAAGACAGAGUAUGCGCUGUGGAACUACUUGUUUGCGGCUGUAGGGAACCCUAAAGACCUGUUUGAGGAGUGUCUGAUGGCCCAGGAUUUGGACACGGCUGCAUCGUACCUCAUCAUACUACAGAACAUGGAGGUGCCAGCAGUGAGUCGGCAGCAUGCGACUCUUCUGUUCAACACUGCUCUCGAACAGGGUAAAUGGGAUCUUUGUCGUCACAUGAUCAGAUUCUUAAAGGCCAUUGGAUCAGGAGAGAGUGAGACUCCGCCCAGUACUCCUCCCACACAGGAGCCAAGUUCAACAGGAGGUUUUGAGUUUUUCCGUAACCGAAGCAUCAGUCUGUCUCAGUCUGCAGACAAUAUCACAGCAGGAAAAUUCAACCUGCAGAAAACCCUCAGCAUGCCCUCCGGCCCCUCUGCAAAAGGGUGGAGUAAGGACAGUGACUGUGCGGAGAACAUGUACAUUGAUAUGAUGCUGUGGAGACACGCUCGACGCCUGUUGGAGCAGGUGAGGCUUAAAGACCUGGGCUGUUUCUCCGCCCAGCUUGGCUUUGAGCUGAUUGGCUGGCUAUGUCGAGAACGAACCAGGGUGGCGCGAGUCGACGAUUUUGUUGGCGCUCUCAAGUGUCUUCACAAAGACUUCCUGUGGCCAUUUCCUGUCAUCCCAGCCUGUUCUCUCAGUUCGCCGUUGAAAAACGGACGCAGUCGCACAGUGUUGAGUACACAGCUGCUCAAGUCUCAGUCUGCAGACAGCUUACUGAAUACAGACAUGGACACUGUGCCCCCUCCUGCCACUACAACCAGUCACAGGUGGUUGGAUGGCCUUGGGGCGGGGCCUAAAGAGAUGGACUCCGCCUCUUCUCAUGGAGCUCCACAAACGCAGGAGGCUUUCCUCUCUCCUCUCAUAAACAAAGCAGAGGAGUGCAGCAUUGGUUCAGCCACAGAUCUGACCGAGACCAGUUCCAUGGUGGAUGGUGACUGGACAGUGGUGGAUGAGAACUUCUCCACCCUCAGCCUCACCCAAUCAGAGCUGGAGCACAUCUCCAUGGAACUGGCCAAUAAGGGCCCUCACAAGUCCCAGGUGCAGCUGAGGUAUCUCCUGCAUGUGUUUAUGGAGGCGGGCUGUUUGGAAUGGUGUGUGGUGAUUGGGCUGAUUCUCAGAGACGCUAACGUCAUAAAACAAGUGUUCAGUUUCCUGGACAGCACUGAGGUACCAGCUGAGACGGUCCAUAACGUACGGACAGGCCUCCUCGCGGUGGACAACUGGGCAUCGUCUGACUGUCUUGGCUAUAAGCCCUUUUUGAACCUGAUCCGGCCGCAGCUGCAGAGACUGAUGGAGUCGGCGGUGGAGCAGGUCCAGCCCGAGGCCUUCCAGCCUGCCAGCGUGUCUAAACUAGCCGAACCGACGCUGCCCAGAACAGAGGACAGCCGUGGGCCAGUUCCCCUGGGCCUCCCCCUCCCCCUGGAACCCUCCUCAGGGUCUGGCUCUCAUCCCAUGGAGGACUCCGCUGAGGAGGAGCAAGAGGAGCAGUCCCCAGAGGAGGGGAGCUAUGACUGCACGCUGUCGUGACCUCUGAAGUGGAGGAGAAAGGGUUGAGGGUGGUGUUUCUUAUAAGAGGGUGAAGAACAGGUAGAAUGGUAUCGAUGCUGUGGCUCAUUUCAUACUUCCUUGUGUUUGGUUUGAGGUGUUCCUCAUGGCACCGCUUUAAUUGGGGGGGGGGCGGUGUUAGGAUGAAACUGUGUAUGCAUGAAUUAGGGAUAAUCUGUGUGUGUGCGUGUCUGUCUUUGUGCGCAAUAGGAUGGAAACUCUUUAUUGCAGAGGUCUGGUGCAGCUUGACUGCUUUACGUGCGUGUGUGUGUGUGCGUUUGCGUGUGUGUGUGUAUCACCAGUCAGAAAACAGUGUGUGGCAUGGUCCUGUGGCUUUACAGUCAGUGUUUUCCAUCCCUAUGUGUCCUGAGUUUCCAUUUUCACUGGCAUUAAUGCUUUUCAGGAUUCAAUAGCUGCCUAUCCAUAGUUUUAAAGGUGACAUUUGCUCCCAUGGUAGGAUCCUGAAUGUGUCAAGCAACUGAAAUCCAAGAAUGUCACAUCUAUGGGCUAGACUGAUUUCUUGGAUCACGUGUGAAAACACAAAAGGAGCGCCACUGUAGUUCUGUACCAAACUGUGCUGCACACACACACACACACUUCUGUACCCUCUGUAUUUGUAUGUACGCCUGAAUGUGUGUGUACAUUUGUGUGUGAGUUAACAUGUAUGUGGGAAAACGUUUUUGAGCAUUUUUGUGACGGAAUUCUCACAGGUCACCACGACGACACCAGUGAGAGACGAUCAAAAUUAUUUAUGCCUCCUUGACAUGUCUUCAUAUUUUAAUUAUCCUGUAGCAGCUGUGCUUGAAUGAUAAACUUUUUCUUUCCUUUUUUUUUCCCCCCAAUUGAAACGCCCUCAACAGCAUAUUGUUCCAAUUGUCGGACGGAUGACAGUUCAUAUUCAGAAUGCUUACAAUGAUUAUUUUGGCCAAAAAAACUCCCUCUUGAGAUCCUGUUGAUGUAGUUUGUGCUGGACAGAACAAUGAGAACAAAUAUUUUUGUUGAGAUUUUUCAAAGUGUGUGCACAUACCUCACAUUGGGGCUUGAGAGCGUUGUAAUGAAACUUUCAGGGUGUGCUAUAGCAUUCACUCAGUUCGCACAACCAACAUCUUAUCCACGCGCAUGCAUACACAUAUGCACACACAUUCAAAAUCCAUUUUCCAGCUACACCCUGGUACUGAAGAACAGCCAACCAGAGCAUUGAAGUUAUCAGACUAAGUGGAAGCCUGUUUUAUAAAUCAGCUAAUCUUCAUCUGCACUUUGAAUGGGUUUUAAACCCACAAGCAGUCAGCAGUGGCUUCUAGUGCACUGUGCACUGGUCCCAGUCUAAAUUUAGUACACUGCAUACUGGGCCCAGCCAGUUAACAAUGAUGAAAUAAUGUAGAGCGCCCAGUGGUGUUUCUUAUAAAGGUUUUGAGGAGAGUUUUGUUCUGCUGAUGCAACGGGACACUUCCUACUUUAAAAACAAAGCAGUCUCUUAUGAUGUCCUUGGUAACAUUUCAGUAUCCUGUCUAGUUUUUUUUGUUUGUUUGUUUUGGUCUCAUCAUCAUGAACGUUUAGACCAUGAUUCAGUAGUGGGUAUUGAUCUGAGUCAAGACUGUGUUUGUGCAGGAACAGAGUGUAUUUCCUCUAGUCUCAGCGUCCAAAAUAGUUUCUCACCGAGCUGCCAUGAACAACAAAGACAAGUAUUAAGGACAGCAAAAAAAAAAUCCACUAAAUGAUUAACAACUAUUUAAGGUGUGCUAACACCUAAACCAAGUGGUAUUGACUUAUUUAUUUAAUUUUUGUGAUCAUGUUGAACAUCUGUAUGUGUAUAUGAAAUCACUUAUUCUAAGUUUUGAUUAUAUUGCUGUUGAUAGCAUUUUGAAUUUCAUGUCUAAAUGGGGGGGGAUGUUUCUGGGGAGGGAAGUUGUUCGUUUUUGUUGCUACAUGUAUUUUUUGACUGCAUUUAUACAAGCAAAAACAAACAAAAACAAAUGCAAGAAUCGCAGCUAUUAAUUAUUUAUUGUAAGUGAGAGAAUGGGUUUUGGUUCCCUAAACCAUUCAAUGCUGAUGACUAUUCAAAAUGUUGAACUAAAGAACAGCAUUGGCCUCUUCUCUGUGUUAGACAUUUGUGAUUCUGGUAUUGACAAAGAAUUUUAGUGGUUUGAGAGCUUUCUCUGUAAACUGUAACACACAUUAAAGCACACACACACACACACUGGUAUAGUUUCCUGCCUGGAACAGUAUUAAAAUGACACGUCAGUGUGCAAUGUUGGAGAAGCAGUUUAGCUUAAUUUUGUCUGUUUUAUUGUUCCUCGGUUUUUCGCCCUCAGUUAUGUCUCCACCACAUGGACCAAACGGCGUUUCAUUAUGUUGUUCUUGUUUUCAUGCAGCUAGCAACUUUUCAGGGAGUAUAUAAAUACCAUGUAAUGUUUUUUUUUUUUUUGGUUUUGUUUUUUAAUUAUUUUGCUUUGUCUUUUAUUUUAAAGUACUUAUAGACUUGUUGUUAGAAGCCGUUUAUUUCAGCGGGCCUAACACAGGUUCCCCAAUAUAUUCUUCCUUAACUCUCUCUCCUCUAUUGGCUGUGCUAGUCCCGACACCACUUCCCUUACAUGCUGAAUUCUGUGGUCAUGCCCCAGAGUGUUUUAAAACAUUUAGGUUGUUUCCACAAAGUUCCCAUGUCAUGAUCAUAAUUCAGCUAACCAAAGAAACUUCCACACCCUCACAGUGAGCCGUGUCAAUGUAGUCUGACUGCAGGUGUAUUCAAAAUGGUACACAAAAGCCUGUUUCUCUCCUUUCGACUCAAACCAGUUCUCUUUGCUUUGCAUUUGCAACUGCAUUUUUCAGUUCAAGUUAUAUGACUUUGAGACAACUUCAUAAGCUAUAUGUGUUAAGACAUGGAGUUGAAUUGUAUGAAAGGCUUUUAAAUUUUUUUUGUUUGUUUUCAAAAACUUGAGUAUGACACGGCAUGUGCAGAGGUACUCUGUUUAUAUUUCAUACAGUUGAUGAUAAAGGACAUUAAUGAUGUAUUUGGAUGGAAGAGGACAGUUUUUUUCUUCCUGUGUACAGUAAAGUUUCUCCCGGGACACAGAAACAUUUUCUGAGUCAGGAGCCCAUCUUCAAUGCAGUGUAUAGAGACAUUUUCUUGUACAAUUACUUUUCUACUCAUUUUGUUUUCUAUUUCUCCUGUACAUAAAAAAACAAUAAAUUAUUUUUAAAAA